CCUUUAAAAAUGUUUUGUAAACACGGAAUGCAUUAGAAUACGGUAUCUGACUUGGAGUUAAAGUGUUAAAUGGUUUCGUAGACGGACAUUCAAGUAAUAGGUUACUAUUUUCAUAUCGGUGUGAAUGGUUUUAUAAAAGGUUCAGGAUACUGGUCAAUGGAUCUUUCCGUUGUUAAAAGUGGACACUGAAAUCGAUACAACUUACAGAAACUGUGGUAGAACUAACUUACUAUUUUCGGAAAAACCUAACAGGAAUAAAGAUACAUGUAACAGUUUAUGUGGCACCUUUUCUGUUUGUGGACGUUAUUCCAAGUGAAUAUUUUUGUGGAACGGGUAUCUAGUGAAACUCUGUGAAACCAUGAGUGCCCUUCUUCGAAUAGGACCCAUGGCUAUUUCAACACCAAAGAGGAGGAACGGAUGUUACUAACAUUUUCUCUCAUAUAAAAUGUUCUAUACAGUAUGUGCAAUUAUUGUAGACACAAGUGUCAAAUGCUAUUGAAAGUUUCUUUUCGAAUUAUCUCUGAAAUGGACGGAACUAGCUAGGGUACUGUCAGUAUUUGACGAUGUACAACCGCUCUUUGUUAUGCCGGUGAGCUCAAAACCACUGCGAGGGAAAAGGCCGCCGCCCAUUCUCGCACCCAAACCCUUCAACAAUACCCGGAAGUUGGCAUGGAGGUCGGUGGAUGCAUCCCCGACACAAGAUGUGAUCACAAACGGUGUCGAAGAGGAGCAGACACUCGCUCCAUCCCUUCCACCAAGACCAAGACAGUCCAUACUGCGGCAAAAAUCCUCAGAUUCAUCCAACGGGCAGCAAAAGCCACCCCCUACAGUUAAAUUCAGUGAAGACUUUCAGGACUUUGAAAAUCCCCCACCACGUCCAACUGCCUUAAGCAAGAGAAGAGGGGGCGAUUCUGACGAUGCUUGUUUCUCUAAUGGACCUAUCGGAGCGAUGGCUGGUGCUGACGAAAAUGUCGGGGCCAGACGAAAACCUCCCCGACCCGCCACAAUGAGCAACGCCCAGGCACUGAGAGAAUGUGAGGAACAUACAGACUGGGCCAAUGAAGUUCUCACCAGGCACAACCUACCAAUAAUAUCUGACCUACGUACCAGCAUCGGGGACGGAUAUACGCUACCCACCAUCCUCGAAAUUAUCAGUGGCGUUUCAUUGCGAUGUGUUGAGACGAGCCCACAAACAAAGGAAGCGCGUGUGCGUAACAUUCGUAACUGCCUGAAGUUUGUGUGUAAACGCGGGGUUGACAUCACAGAUAUCCAGCCUGAUGAGAUAGAAGAUGGACAUUUGAAAACCGUUCUGCUACUGAUUGGCAACAUUCGGAAACAUUUUCAGAAUGUAUACAAGCCGGAGUGCAAUGGUUUCACAUCGCCUGUAGAAGAGAGUGGGGCAAGCGUAAUGCCCGGGGCUGUACGUCUCCCUGGGGCUAUCCCAACCCCGUUCAUGGGGGGCCAGCAUACAGGACAUGGUGGAGGGGAACCUUUAUCUCGGUCUGGUUACCAUGACAACAAUGACCUGUUGCCGGGGACGAUGCGGCUGGAACCAAAUGGCGAUGGAAACAACAAUAACAAACCUCACAACAAUAUUAUUUCUACAACAGAGAUUGGAGUAAAUGGUGUAGCCCAACACGGGGUUGAUGAGCGCCGUACCCACCUGGGGGCUGGGGGAUAUAGGGGCGGGGUUAUCCGGCACCCAAACGCCCGCCCACUAACCCAGCCUACCCAGGAAAGCCCUGGCGCCCCUCCUACAUCAGCACACAGAGCAUGGACUGGCAGUCCUCUUAACAAUGCACAAAAUAAUAAUGGUGUAAUGACAAGUCCGACUGUUGAAGAGCGACUUCGACAACUAAUUGGGAGCAAGCAGUCUGGAGGGUCUAAGGGAAAUGGGGGCUACCCGGGCGGUGGAGGGUUUUUCCAUGGUGGUGGGAGUGAGGUUUUCGACAGUGACGGGGAAAUGUUGGUGGUUCCCCCACCCACUAGCCGCAAAUCUCCAGACUUUGACUCGGUCAUGUACUCUCAGUAUAAUUACGGGCCUGGUUAUCGGGCAGUGACCGAUAGCUCACAGGGGCCCCAGCAAGGCUAUGUGCCAUCAAAACCAUCAGAAAAGCGUGAAGGAUCCCGUGCUGACAUCAUUCGUUAUCGACCUCCAUCUGCUGUAGCGUUUCGUCAACAUGCCCCGGCAGCCCAGAUAGCAAGCUCCGUUCCCCGUGCGCGACCCUCAUCAGCAACUGGUAGUCUCAUGACUAACAUGUACAAUGGCGGGGAAAAUACUGAGUUUAACCAGGAAAAUGGGCCCAACUCUGUUACCGUGGGAAACAGAGCCAAUGAUGUACGGCCAGUGGGAAAUAAUGCUCCAGGGAAAGGCUUGAGUGGUGGUCGUGCCAACAGCAGCGACUUACGGAAUGCCUGGAACCGCCUGUAUGGAGGGAGCCAACCUCCACCGUAUGUUUCUCCGGCAAUGCGCAGGGCUACAACACAACAACAGGUUCGUUCACAGUCACCAGCGAGUCGGCCAGUGUCUGCUCCAGCCCCCGCUCACAUGCAGGCUCAUUACCAGCAAGAGGUCAAAGGUCAAGGCAAUAGCCCUCAGACUGGUUUUCAGCCAGAGGUCAGCAGGGGUCACAGCAAUAAUCUGCUGACUGGUUUACCUCAUGAGGUCAAAGGCCAUAGCAAUAACACCCCGAGUGGGUUGCACAAUGAUAUUAGGGGUCAUGGGAAUUUUCCACAGACUGGUUUUCAGCCAAAUGGUAAUAAAGGUCAUAUCAAUUCCCAGACUGGUUUUCACUCUGAGUUAAGGGGUCACAGCAAUGGGCAGACUGGUUUUCAGUCCGAAGUUAGGGUUCAGGUUGACCCUAGGGCACAGUCAACUUCCCAGCAUCGUGAAAGCCCUAUGGGUCAAAGCUCCAGCACGCAGGGUCACCUUAAUGAGUCCUCGUCUAGUCAGCAAAGUAGACUCUCCGAGGAAAUUACAAAUCACGACCCUCAAGGACACGGUGGUAUGGAUGGAAAUUUGAGGAAAUCGAGUGAGAGUUCACACCAAAGUUUUGGCCAGGCUAGUCCUGGAAGUCCAGGUAGCCCAAAUUACGCAAUUGGGCCGGCGUCAAAGUACCCAGAAUAUCACAGUAGUCGGCCAUUGUCAGCAAGAAAACCUCCGGCAUUACCAUCGCGUUCUCCACAGAGGCCAGAUAAACUUGUGUUGACUCAGAGGAAUAACCUUCAUAGUGAACUUGGUGGUAAAAAUGAUAGGAGAACAGCUAACAGGUCGUUUGCAGAAUACGGUGAUGGGGCGCCUAGCCCUAGUGUUCAUAGGAGUAAUAAACAUACAAAGGAUCUAACAACUGCUCUCCAAGCCGCCAGCAAGGAGCAUAGACAUAAUCUGGACUUAUCUCGAGAUUUCUCUCAUAACAAAUCUCAUGACUUAUCUCAGGAGAUGCAGACAUGCAGCAUUUUUGACUACAAUGUGCCAUCACGGAGCGAGAGUACGGGGUCGAUAACUCCGCCUCUGCCCCCACUGUCACCCGCUAAUUCCGAUUCUCCGACAGAAGAAUUUCCAUCCAAUCUUGCACGAUCUACGAGUGCGAGCAAUCUAAGAAUGCCAGAUCAGCACGCAGUUGAGAGCCAGUUGAGAGAUGGGCGUAAACCUCGCAGAACGUCGGAGUUGAACUUCAGGAUGGAGAGAAAAUCUCAUGGGAAGAAACAGAAGAAAAACUUAAAAUCUAAAGGUGCUAAUUUAGUGGAUGUUCGGGAAUCAGAUUCAGAGAGCAACCUCUCCUUUGACAUCGAUAUUGACAACACAAUACUCACUGUGGAAUCUCACGACACAGAGCAGCUGAACCCUGCAGGGAUGGGGGCGGGCCUACCCCAGACACGGGAUACACCAUUGCGACACCCUGCUGGGGACAUCCUCACGACACGGGAGUCCUCUUCUCUCCAACAUCAAAUGCAUAGCCUUGAGAACCGCUACCUCGAUCUCCAGACACGCGUACAGGGAGGCCACCCGGGUCAUGGUCCACCAGCUAUCGGUCGGCAGCGCAGGUGGAGCAUUGGUAGUUCUGAUACGAGCUCGUUCCGACGAGAGGCUCGAUUCAAACCAGGCAAACAACUGCACCAUAAACAUCAAUCCCGGGAAUUCAAGAACAUAAACAAGCGUUUCCAGCGUCUGGAAUCACACGUAGUUACGCUGGCCCGUAGUGUAGCUCACCUCUCCUCGGAGUUGCGAACACACAACACAGUGGUGACAGACCUGGAGGGCAUUAAACGCCAGCUAGCCGAUCUGUCCCAACCUUCGAAGGGUCAAGGUCAUACUGGGAUGGUCAAUGCCCGUACGGACCGGGAGAUAUUCAGGGAAUGGGCUCCCGGGCUCACAAACCCCAAAAGGGUUAACAAACUUACAAAGUUCUUUGGAUCGGAGCCACCUUUACUGGAGUUGUUCUUGAAACAGCUUGGCUAUGAGCGAUACGCGAUCAACUUUCACUCAGAGCAUAUUGGGAUGAUUGAGCUGCCGUAUAUGACGGAAGACAGGCUUGAGAAAAUAGGGGUUCCCAUGGGGCCACGAAUGCGCAUUCUACAAGAGGCUAAACAAUGCUUCAGGGAUGACAAUAUGGACGUCUACAUUGUUUGAUAGUAGUUGGGGGAUGGGGAUGUUCAAUAUGGAUCUGCUCUGUCCGGUUGUCUGCUUUGUUGUAAAAAAUUUGAGCGAAGGCUGAAAAUAGUUAAUUAUAAAUGGCAUUAUACAAAUAGUCCAAGCUUUUUAGGUUCCAAUUUGCUUGUGUUAUAUCCCAGGAAGUCUUAAGACAAAUCUGUAGCGAAACUCAAAAGCCUCGUGUUUGAAAUUUAGACAAGCUCGUACUUCGUAUUGAAAAGUAUCACUGUUUAAAUUUUAUAUUGUGUUAGUCCAAUAAUUUGUUUUUUAAAAUGAUAGGUGUUAAUAACUGUUAAAAGCACGGUUUACCUCAAGUUUUGCAAAUAUUAAAAUCCACUAUUUUGUUUUACUCUGUGUGGGUUUUUCAAGGGCAUUUACAAAUUACUCUGUAUUGCCAAAACUCAAUAACAUAAAAGGUCAAUAACCGAGUCAUGAAAUCCAUGACAAAUAACCAUUCCAUGUUAAGGUAAGGGACACAUAUUUUCUGAUCUUGUACUAGCUAAACAGGUAGUUUGGCUAGUCAGAGAAAGACACAUGUUGAGGAAAUAUUUGACUUUUCUAGUGGAUCGGGUAGCCAGUGGCUGGUCAGUGGAGUCCAUGGUUAAGAUUAUAAUGAUUAAUUAAAGUAGAAAACAUGAGUUCAGAACAUGACAGAGUUGUACAACUUGUACUUAAAACAUGGCUUCAUAUGUAGAUCUUAAAUGCCCCAAAACAAAGUUUGGGGGGGUAUACUGGAAUCGGGUUGUCCGUCCGUCUGUCCGUCCGUUUUUUUUUUGUCCGGGAUUCAUCUUUGUCGUUAUUGAACAAAUCUUUUUCAAACUUUCAGAUAUUAAUGGCCAUGAUGUAAACUUGCGCCUCUGUGAAAUUGGUACGGGUCACAUGACCCUGACCAGAGUUAUCUCCCCUUGAUGUGUUAAAGUAGGCAAAAUAAGCCCUGUCCGGGAUUCAUCUUUGUUAUUAUUCAACAAAUCUUUUUCAAACUUUCAGAAAUUAAUGGCCAUGAUGUAAACUUGCGCCUCUGUGAAAUUGGUACAGGUCACAUGACCCUGACUGGAGUUAUCUCCCCUUGAUGUGUUAAAGUAGGCAAAAUAAGCCCUGUCCGGGAUUCAUCUUUGUUAUUAUUCAACAAAUCUUUAUCAAACUUUCAGAAAUUAAUGGCCAUGUUGUAAACUUUCGCCUCUGUGAAUUUGGUACAGGUCACAUGACCCUGACUGGAGUUAUCUCCCCUUGAUGUGUUAAAGUAGGCAAAAUAAGCCCUGUCCGGGAUUCAUCUUUGUUAUUAUUCAACAAAUCUUUAUCAAACUUUCAGAAAUUAAUGGCCAUGUUGUAAACUUUCGCCUCUGUGAAUUUGGUACAGGUCACAUGACCCUGACUGGAGUUAUCUCCCCUUGUAGGCAAAAUUAGCUUUGUCCGGCCUAACUCCAGGGCAAACAACCUAGACAUGGAGGGGUGGGGGGUAUUCGUUAGCCUAUGGCUUACAGUUCUAGUUUAUAAUUGAAUUCAAUCAAACAUGUGCAAGUUGAUUGUAAUAAAACCUCAAUUAUUAGUUUAUUAUGUAACCUUUAUAGCAUUGCAGACAUAAUAUUAUAGGGAUCUCAUGUUGUCCAGCAUCAUACUUUCAAGUAUCCUCUCUCACUUAUACAUUUUUUAUUCAAUCUUUACUCAACUUGGUUAGAAGUUUAUUGGCAUAAUAUCUCAACCAAGUUUAAUACAAAGCCAAAAUCACACAUUGAACUCCAGAGAAAUGGCCUUUUAAACUUAAAAAAAUUCAUCUCUCCAAGCAGGCAACAAAGUCAAUACACAGGAUUUUAGUUUCAACCAGUGUACAUGUAUAUGCCAUGCUGAACAAUGUUCUUUUACUUUGUUAUGACUGAUGGCAUGCCCUUUAUGUUUGCCCAAGUUGAAGUGAUGUACUGUACCCAUUAUUUUAUAGUUAAAGCCACAUGAUUCAACUUUGAUCUCUUCAAGUUCUGUGAUUUCAUACAACUGGAUUUAGAUAUAUCAUUUUCUGUACUUUUUAUAACCAUGACUUCACAAGUGUAUACAGUGACUACAUAAAUAUUAAAUUUGACUUGGUAAAAUGUCCUUGUUUUGAUGGUGCAUUCAUCUUUCCAUUUAACACAAAUAACACUUUCAAAAUACAACACAGUGGCUUUUUUUUCUGAAGAUCUAAUCAAGUUUACGAACAUUUGAUAUAACCGAAAUACAAAACAUGUCAAAUUAAACCCAAAAUAUUUGAAAAAAGUUUGACAUACCUGUAACCUGAAUAUCGAGAUAACAGAGUUCAACUGUAUUAUCAUACAUAUAGGUAGCCUAGGUAAACUGAUUAAGAUGAAUAUUUUUCUAUAUUUUUACCUAUGUUUAAAGGCUAAUUAGGCAAGUUAAUGGCUUGACUCACUGUAUAAUCAUGCAAUGAAGUAUAUUUUAGGUACAUGUAGUAUAACCAUUCAUUCCAUAAUCUACAAAGACCUCUGUGAUAACAUUAACUGUACAUAUAUUUAUUUGUGUGUGUCCAUAAUGUAUCAUGUGCUUUUAUACUUUUUAUAUUUGUUGUGCCUAUUUAUUGUACAUGUAUUGUUUGUGUUUAUAUCAAGACCAUAAUUUGUGGGGUCAACGCUACAAAGUUCCAAAGGUUCUGCUCAUACAUGCCAUAUUUCUGGAUACCAUUCCAGGGGAUUUGUUCAGAAAGGCUGAAAAUUCAGGGGGAUUUUGGUUGUUAUCAGCUAUCAAUUGUCGAAAUAUCAAAAUAAUUUUAGACGCACUAUGAAAAAAUGUAUUCACAUAUAGUUAUUGCUAUGAAAACCUUUACCUUUUUGGACAUACAAAAGUAUUUUAUAUAUCAUCAUAUUUUUAUGAAACUGUCAUGUCAUACUGUUAUGCACUUGCAGAACAAAAUAUGUCAUGGGAAAAAUAUGUUUUUUUGAGACAAUAAAUUUGGCUUACCUUCCUCCAAAUUCUGCUUACUAUCAGCAAUGAUGACUUUCAGACAAUAAGAGAAUGGAAUAAAUAUGAUCAACUUCUUCCAUUUUCCAAAUAGCAAUAUUUAUUUGCCCUUGGUCAUUGUUACACAAAUAAAAUUUAUGAUUUCAUGUAAAAGUUUCUUAUGGCAUUUAUCAAGUUUUUUUUUAAAUAUUCAUUGUUAUUCAUGAAGUAAUUUUCUCCCUUGUGGAGUUGUUUGUUUACAUUCAGUUUUACACACAUACUUUAGUUUCGCUUUGUCAUCAUUACCUGAAAAAUUUCUCUUAAAAAGUUAAAUAUAUAUUUAUUUAUUUUUAAUUCCGGGGGAUUUUUUUCCCUGCUGGGAGACUAGGGGAAGGAUCGGAAUUACGGGGAAUUUCAUCUAUUUUUUAAUGUCACUUGGUACCUUAUGGCAUUGACCCCACGAUAUUGUUUGUUUCAUUUUUGAAGCACAUCAGGGGUAUUCAUAAAACAUCUACUUAAGUCAUUAUCCUAACUUAAGUCACUUUUUUUCUAAGUUAAGUAUGUCACUGUUCAUAUGAUAAAAUAUUGUAAUAUUAUCUAAAUUACUCUAUUUUAUCAAUACUUUUAUGUAAUAAACACACCCACACUUAUAAGGUUGAAAACAUUUGUAUUUUUCUUUAAAUUUGACUAUUAAAAUUUCAGAAAAUCGACUCAAGUUUAGAAAUGACUUGAGAUGUUUUAUGAAUACCGGCCUAGAUUUGUACCAUUUUAUUUUCAUUGUGAAUUGUUAGCUUCCAUGAAGAAACUUAUUUAUAAAGUAAUAUUUAAUAUUUUUAAAAUGUCUCAAUUAUUAUAAUUAUCUUAUAAUAAAUGCAUUUAUAAUGAAUAUCUGUUCUUUUAUUUUCCAAGAAGUUUCAUGUUGGCAAAGUUGAGCAAGGGACUCCA